AGUUAACUUCUGGAGUCUCGUAGCACUUGGUUGCUGCACCUCCCAUCGAGUGUCACUCCCCAUCUGUUACUGACGUCAGGUCAGCGAGUGUCAACAUCAACAGGCAGACAAAUUGGAACAGGAAGAGUCAGCAGAAAGGAGAGGGGUUGCGACGAGCCAACCAACAAAAGUGGUGCAUGCAGAGUGGGGACGCACGGACACUCUCGCAAGCGGAUCUAUUGGGACGUGAUGUAGUCGGACUCGUGUGUGCACACACACACUCACACCAGCACGAGUGCUCACACACGCGGGGAGGUUGUGCAGAGUCGCUCGGGCCCAGCUCGCUCUCUCCUCGGGGGGCUCGAUUCACUUCUGCUGCCGCUGCGGGGAGGGAAGCGACGAUGCGACGGCGGGCGGCCGCCCUGUCCCCGUGGCUGAUGCUGCUGCUCCUGAGGCCCGCGCUGGGCGCCAAAGUCGAGUGGUUCACGGCCUUCGUCAGCACGGCUUACCUGGACCCGGACACCAACGUGACCGUAUCGGCCAGCAGCGAGAGCGGCAGGUAUGGUGACAGUUCUCCCAAGGAUAGUGUUCAGGGAGUGAUUGGGAUUCCCCGGAACAAUAGGGACCAGCUGGGAUGUGAUGCCAACACAGAAUAUUUUAUCCCAAGAACAGGGGAACCCUGGAUAGCUCUGGUGGCCAGAGGAAACUGUACAUUCAAGGAAAAGAUUUUAAAUGCUGCAAAAAAAAUGGCAUCUGCUGUUGUGAUUUAUAAUUUUCUUGGGACUGGGAAUACAACCGUCACCAUGAACCACAUUGGAACUAGAAAUAUUGUUGCUAUCAUGAUCGGCAAUUCAAAGGGCUUGGAAAUACUGGAAUUAGUCCAUCGAGGUAUCCCAGUGAUAAUGUCCAUCUCUGUCGGUUCCCGCCAUGUAGAGGAGUGGAUGAAUUCUCAAUCCGUUGUGUUUGUUAUUAUUGCUUUCAUAACAAUGAUGAUCAUUUCCUUAGCCUGGCUCAUCUUCUACUAUAUUCAGAGAUUCCUGUAUGCAGGAUCAUCCUUUUCAAGCCAGAACAAGAAGAGUAAGAAUAGCAGGAAAGAGGCCAGGAAGGCUAUCAAUAAACUUCAGCUUCAUACUGUCAGACAUGGAGAUCGGGAAAUUGAUUUGGAUGUUGAAGGCUGUGCUGUGUGCAUUGAAGUGUACCGAUCCCGAGAUGUUGUACGAAUUCUCCCGUGCAAGCAUGUAUUCCAUCGAAUGUGCAUUGAUCCGUGGCUUCUUGAGCACCGUACCUGCCCAAUGUGCAAACUUGAUGUCAUUAAAGCACUGGGCUUAAUGAUGGAUACAUGUGAAAAUGUUGAAGUAGUUGUACCAGAGUCAAGACCUGACAACAUCCCAGUUGGCAAUCCAAGUGCUUCUUUACAAGAAGACACAGAAGCUGAAACAAGUGCAUUCCCUGGCUCUCCAACUUUUGAAUCUUUACAGCAUGAUGAUAGAUUAAUGGAAGAGGAUGAAGCUGUAGCCUUAAUUGAAGGAAGUUUAGAAAAUCAAAUAAAUAGUGACAAUUCACCUUGUCCUAUUGGAUGUCAAGAUUCCAGAUGAAUACUUCUGAAGGAAGUAAAUUGGACAAUGGCAAAGACCUGCAGCAUGAGAAGCCAUCGUGGUUCUUGAAAAAGAAAUGAAAAUAUUGUAUACAGUUUGGUGUGUACACAAAAUAUUAGGUCAUAUAUUUUAAUUAAUCGCUUUGCAGUUCUAACUGGUUAAAAUAACCUCAGCUGUAUAGACAAAAAAUGGAUAAUUCUUAAGAGGUGGUGAAAUAUGUUGAUAUGGUAAUACAUGAGACCCCUGCUUAUACUCAGCAAGAUUCCUAUUCUUCCACUAUUUAGUAGAGAAGGUACUUGGAUAUCCCAUUGGCAAUCUUAUUGUUUGUGAUGCUGGAAUAUAGAACCUUAAAUCACUGGUUUUAUAUGUGUCUAUUUUGUCUUUAUUUUCUCUACUUUGGUUAGAAAGGUACUAUUGUAAAUAUGCUUAUUAAUUAGCACAUUCAUUGAAUUUAUAUUGGCAAUUUGUCAGCUAUGAAUGUCUGGAGAGUUAUUUGUAGGUAGUUGUUGGAUUGUGAUUGUCAAUGAUCCUUACUGGAGUAGUAAUAUACAAUAUACAUAUUUCAGUACAUUAAUGUACUUGUUUGUCCUUUUACCUUUUGUAGUAUUUUGAUAGAUUCACUAAGUAGCCAUUCCAUUUUAAGGAUAUUGUGUGCUACUUUAAUUGUGACUGUAGCUAUGAAUUCUUUAUUAAAGUGCACUAAAAAGAUUGAAUAAUAAACCAAUUAUUUGUUUAAACAUUUAAUUAUCACAACCAUUGCAAAAGACAUCAAAUGUAAUUGGAUUAAAAUGUUUUGGAGAUGCCCAACGUUGUGUUGAAUUACCUGUACUUUAGAACUUCUACAGAUCUAUCGGUAAAGUUUUCCAUAAAACAAUUAUAAUAAAUGAAUUAACCUCUGUGUUAUGAAACAAUGAUGCGGCUUUAUCAACCUGUUUAAGUACAGAAUUUGAAAUUCGUGAUGACACUGUUAGAUCUUGUACUUCUACUUUGUGUUAAUGUAACAGAGCAAUAAAAUUAUGUGCCUUAUGCCAACAAAUAAGUAUAAUCUGCAAAAUAUGAUUCUUAAAUUCUUCAUGAACUGUGGUUUUGCUUAGUAAUUUGCAAAACUGCAUUAUUACUUUCAGUGAAAAGUGUCAAGUAAUUUCAAAUGAAUUCCACCAAAAGUCCUUUUUGCUAUUUUGUGCAAUAUUAACAGCAUAUAAUGAUAUAAGACUGUGCACUAGAAAGGAACAUAGUGAAGGAAGGGAAAGGAAUGUCCAAUUAAACUGCAUUUGCUUCAAUGUAAGGAUGAAGAGCUCAGUGUGAAGUGGCUCUGAAGACUGUGAUGUUAUAGCCAUAACAGAAACAUGGCUGGAUAGAAGUGCAGGACUGACAGCUCAGUUUUCCAGAAUACAGAUGCAACAGGCAUGACAAAGGUGUAGGAAAAUGAGCAAGGGUGUUUCCUUUUUAAUAAGAAAGGACAUAACAGUAAUAAUUAGAGGAGACAUUCUUGGAACAUAGUCUAUUGAGGUCAUAUUGAGGAACUUAGAAACAAGAAGGGGGAGGGUCAUUCUAAUGCGACUGUAACAUAGUUCCCAUCCCUUAUAGUCAGUGGGAAUUUGAGGAGCAGGUAUGCUUGUAGUUGUAAGAAUAAUUGGGUUGUAUUAGUGGGAGAUUUUAACUUCCCUGGCCUACCCAGUGUUAAGGGCUCAGAUGGAGUGGCAUUUGUGAAAUGUGCACAGGAAAUUUUCCUGAUUUAAUAUAAAGAGGACAUGGAUGAAAGAAAAGUUGAGGUUUAUAUGGGAGGGAAAGUUUACAUUGACCUUGGAGUAGGUUAAGAGAUCAGCACAACAUUGUGGGCUGAAGGCCUGUACUGUUGUGUGUUCUAUCUGCUAAAACUUGACUUAGAAGGGUGCAAUAGUGGACUUCCUCUUAGGGAGUGAGAUAGGGCAAGUUACAGAAUUGGCAGUCAGGGUGUACUUUGGCUCUAGUGACCAUAAUUCUAUUAGCUUUAGGAUACUUAUGGAAAAAAUAGGACAAGUCUGCAGGAUUGUGCCCUAAACUGGAGUAGGGCUUAUUUUGACAGAAUUGAAAGUGAGCCAGUUUGAAGGGAAAGGAAUGAGUAAGCUUUUAAGAAUGUGAUAUUAAGAGUCUAUGAAUAACAUGUUCCUGUUAGGUGAAGGGUCAGCUGGCAAGUUUAGGGAACCCUGGCUCAUAAGGGGUACUGAGGUGCCAAUUAAAAAAAAAGGAAGCAUAUAUUGGGUUUAAAAGGUCAGGGACAAAUGAACAUCUUGAUAAAUAUAUAAAAAAGGAAACACUUUGAGGGAAAUCAGAGGGCAAAGAGAGGGUAUGAGAUGGAUCUGGCAGGUAAGAAAGAGAAAAAUUCCAAGGGGAUUUGUUGUGAGAAGUUUAGCAUAAAGCUACAUGCCUGGAACUCAUUUAGUGGAAUUUGCUUCAGUCUGCCAUUUUAUUAGUGACUGCCUAGCUGGCUGCAGUUUAAGAUGUUGCUUGUAAAAGUUCUAAGGUCAAAGUGACUGAAAAUAACCAUGGGAUUCUUCAAGGUUUUGGAGACCAGGCCAUUAGUGAAAUUGUAUGCAUGCAAUAAACAUGUUUUGAACUAUGUAUUUUUAUUGUAUUUUUUCCGAUUUACAAAUUUCUAGUCAAUAAGUGCAAGUGUAAAUUCCAGCAUAGCUUUUCAUUUUCCUAUUUUACCCUCCAUUGGUUACAUAAGCAAUUUAGAAUGUGGGUUCCACCAUUCUUGAUGUUGGGGUUAGCCUACAAAGAGAGAUCGAGUUGCCAGAGGCUAUAUAUGCUGAUAUUGAGAAGAAUGAGAGAGGUUCUUAAACAUAUUUAUCCUUUUUAUUGUAAGAUAGAGGCAGGUCAAUUGUUUCCACUGGGUGAAUAGAUUUAGAAUGGAGAUGAGCUGUUUCUUCCCCCGCAGUAGUGAGUCUGUGGAAUUCUCUGCCAAGAGAAGCAGUAGAGGCACCUCACUAAAUAUAUUUUGCAUGGUAGGGGAAUUAAGGGUUAUGGGUGGGGAUAGAGCUGAGUCCAUGAAUAGCAGAGCAGCCUCAAUGGGCCAGAUGGUCUCCUCCUCCUAACUUGUUAUAUGGUGUGCAUUUGGAAAAGUAAUGAGAAGCAGACUGUAUCAGAUAAGAAAUGCACAAAUAUAAAACUCAUCACUGUUAGAAAAUAAUGAGAUGAAUCUGAGUGAGUGUUGUAUUCCUCAUGGUACCUGAGGACAAAAUAUUUAAACCAACAUUACAACUUCACUGCAACUAUACAUUAAGGCUGAAAAAAAUCUCCCGCUGUAUAGAACAGACUACUUUCAGUCCACACGUGAAAAUUAUGAUUAUGAAGAAAGAAGUCCAGAAGCAGAAAAUACUCGCUUUACUUGGACUACUUGGAACUAUAUACAUGUUGUUAAGGUUGUUGCUCCUCAAUUAAUGCUGUUGAAAGAGAUGAUUCAUUCUUGUUUGUAGAUUUUUGAUAUAAUGGAAUGCAGUGUUCAAUUUAGCAAUGAACUACAAAUUUGGGAACAGCUUAUCAUUUACAGUAAAUAUUUUCUUGCAAAGGUGGGAAUUCAAAAUAAUUGGACCUGAAUUUUGACUUCCCAUAACUUAAAUUUAAUUCCCUUUUGUUAUAAUCAAAAUUAGUGAAAACUCAUCAGACCUUCUGUAUUAUAAUGUAUUAUCCUGAUGCAUUUAUUGAAAAAGUUACUCAAAGAAUACUAUAAUGAAUACAGACUUAAUUGACAAUGUGGCACAGGUAUUUCAGCUAAAUGUCCACUAGCAGUUGUAUGUUUCCCACUUAUAGUUGCAGCAAAAGUAACUUUGUACAUUGUUGUAAACAACAGGUGUACUUUGAGAAAGAGUGGAAAAGAUAAACUUUGACAAUUUUUUCCAUUGCUUAACUGGUCUUGAUUCUAUGGUUAGAUCAUCUUUAUUAAGAAUCUAAUCUGGUUUAGGAUCACUCUUUAAUUGCAUGGAAUAUUCUAACUGGUCACUGGUUCUAUAGGAUCAGGAUCAGUAGAGGUCUUUUUGUUGAAGAAAUAUUUGUUCCAGCAUCACUGUUCCCUAUUGAGUAAUAGCAUUUAACUUCCCACUUCAUAUCUUCAUCUCGAUUUGUCUGCUGACAAUAAAUAUGAUGUUCACCAAAAAAUGUAGGUAUUUCAUCCAUUUUCCUUCACAAAAGAAAACACUUGUUCCAAUUACCACUCAAUAUAUUUACAAUUUAUCAAAAUUGUUUUUAGCAACUGUAUUUGAAUUCACUUAAAAAUUUGCUGAACAUCCCCAAUGAUGUUAGAUGUUAUUUUGAUACUUCAGCAAUUAUUUUUCAGGUUGACUUUUAGCAUUUGCUGUUCAGUCAAUGUACGCACAGGAGCAGUUUUUGGUAUUGAGCCAGGCUUUUGCUUUAAAAAAGGGGCCUUAAUGGAUCUAGUAAAUUAUUAACAUUCCUGUGAGAUUUAGCAGUGUUUUUGAGGGUUCAUUACAUUGUCAUUGUCUUUCUUAGCUGUCUCCUCUAUCACAUGGUAGUCUCUCCACUGCUUGGGCCAGUUCCGUUUCUGCCAUUUGCUUCUGCAAAUGUGUAUUAAAGCUAAGUUCUCAUAUCCAAUAAAGCAUUAUCCUAGUUUGAAGGAAGGCUUACUUAAUAGUAUCACAUUAUUUUAAAAGCGUUCCUGUAGCAUAUUGCUCCUAGCCUCAAAUGAUCUAUGCCUCUAAAUGUUCAAAGUUUUGGAAAAAUCAUUUUGUGUAGCCCACAAUUUCUUCGACCUCAAGGACCAGAGGUUAUAGGCUGUGUUCCUACUCCUCUCUCUUUGGAUGCCACUGGUGAAGCCAACUUUGUUUAUCAAGACACAAUUGAAUUGCUGUACUCCAAGUAGAAAUGCUGUAAGGUUAUUCUCAUAAUGUUCAGUAGACCUUUGAUUCAAAAAUUUGUGGCAAUGGCAAUGUAUUUCCACAGCAGCGAUCGAUUUAGAGGGUAGCUUGAACACACUGCCAGUCUUCAUUAUUGCUGAGGGUGCUAAGGCAGCUUAGCAAAUUGCUGUGGAAGAGCUUGCGGGUAGUAUGCAGUGCAGUCAUGGUUCAUUAAUGAUGGUGACUAUGCUGCAGAAGAGUGCUGUAUUGUGCAGGAAGUUACAGCCACAAGAUAAAAUGAAUAGUAUUUCAAUCAUACUACUGUAGGCAGUGAAAAAGUUAUUGAAAAUACAGACAAUAAACUCUUUGGAAAUAGUGAAUAAUUUUAACUGUGGAUUUAAUCAGGUACUCUACAUGAUCAUUAAUUACUAUUGCUAAAAUAAUAGAAGUUACAAAUGCAGGAAAUCUAAAAGAAAAAAAGCACUGGAUAUACUGUACUCAAUAGGACAGGCCACGUCUAUGGGAAAAGAAACAAGUCAACUCUUCAAGUAGAAGACUCUUCAGCAGAACUGGGGUAGAGACAAGAUUGUUAAACUGCAGAGAGGGUGAGAGGAGGAGGAUGUUUCUGAUGGAAGAGCAGGGUGAUCAUGGGGAUAUGCUGCAAAAAAAAAAGAUACUUGAUCAAUGAAUGAAUGCGAGCUGCAGAGUGAGAACAAAAGAUAAACAAGGUUAGGGAAAAAAGGAUAUAGCCAACUGGCCAUGUCAAUUCCCAGAGACAAAAACAGGAAAAAAAACUGAGCUGAUGUCACAGAUGGGUGAUAAAUGUAGACAAAAACAGAGUUAACUGAAAUAGUUGAACUCAGUAUCAAGUCCAGAAGGCAGCAUUUUCGCAAGAUGGAAGAUGAGGUGUUUGUUCCUCAGUGCUGUUUUGGACCACCUUCUAAUGGUACAGAGUAGGGAAGUCUGAAACUAGAGGGCAUAACUUUAAAGUGAAAUGGGAAAGAUUUAAAGGGGACCUGAGAAAUAACUUUUUCCGGAUGGUAAUAUGUGGUACAAGCUUUCAGAGGAGGAUGUGGAUAGAUAGUUGCAAUAUUUAAAAUACAUUUUAAAGGGUACAUAGAAAUUAGACAAAAGGUUUAGACAUAAGACAUAUGACCAGAAUGAGGCCAAUCAGCCCACUGAGUCUGCUGUCCCACUCUAUCAUGGUUGAUUUAUUAUCCCUCUCAACCCCAUUUGACCUUCUCCCUAUAACCUUUGGCAAGUACCACAUCAAGAACCUAUCAACCUCCAUUUUAAAUAUACCCAAUGACUUGGCCUCAACAGCCAUCCACAGAUUCAUCACCCUCUGGCUAAAGAAAUUCCUCAUUUCUGUUCUAAAUGGACAUCCUUCUAUUCUGUGGCUGUGCCCUCUGAUCCUAGACUCCCCCUCUAAGGGAAAUAUCCUCUCCAUCUAGGCCUUACAAUAUUCAAGUCCAGGCCCAGAUGUGCCAAAUGCUUCUCACAUCAUUCCCGGGUUCAUUCUCGUGAAUCUCCUCUUGAUCCUCUCCGAUGCCGUUACAUCCUUUCUUAGGGAAGGGACCGAGAAUCGCCCAGAAUACUGGAGCCUUAUAAAUCCACCAGCCUGAGGACUUGUGACCAGAUGUCUUAUGAGUGCAACUCUACCACACAGUCCAUCUGUGAGGCAUUUCCUCUAACACUAAAGUCUCAUAGAUUAGAAAAGGGUUAAGGAAGAGAUUAUAUCAGGGAAAGGGAUGGAAUUUUGAGGAUGGGAGAAAGAUGUAGUAGUUCAGGGGAAUAAUGGGUUAAAGCUCAGUGACUUACUGAAGGUGGAGUAAAGGCCAAGGGAUUAAUUUAAGGAGCUACUCAUGGCAGAAAAAAAUCAAUAUGGGUGAAUUUUACUCUGCAUGUCAAAAUUUUGGAUCAUUAUUUACAGAUUCUGUAAAGGUGAAAUUUAUUAUCCAAAUUACCAUAACGUCGGGGGGGGGGGGGGGGUAUGAGUGAGAGGGUUGCCCGUGUAGUUUUAAUCCUAGGCUAUUCAGACAACUAAAUCUCAUGAUAUUCAUUAUCUGUGGGAUAACUGGAUGAAAACAACCCCUCAAAUGCUUUGUCCAAGUCCUUUCACUAAGAGGCACACCAUCAUCAAGCCAGUUAGGCAACUUACCCUUUAAGUGAUGCACAGAUCCUAAUGAAUUAAAAUACAAUUGUAAUGUUUCCAAAAAUCACUCGUAAGUAUGAUUUUCACUUUCUUAUGUCAGGUAACUGGUGUGAAUGCUAUUGUUGGCAACCCAGCUUUUGGGUGAAAUUUCUACAAGAACAUAAGCAUUUCAUCAGGGUACCCUGAAAAUUAGAUUAGUAAUUUCCAUCUCUGAACAAAAAUAUCAACAACUAAGGUAUAUGGUGCUUCAAUUUACAGCAUUUUAAUUUAAAUAAAACUUUUAUAAUCAAUAUGAAGUUUCAAAUUUCAAGUUCACUCUCUAUUACUUUAAUACAUUGUGAGCUUUCAGUCAUUUGAUGAAUGUGAUAACUUGCAUUGUGUUUAUACAUAUGGUGUUAAGAAAUAAACUAGUAUUCUU